CUUCUGCACCUCAUAGCAGUUGGAGACAUUUCCCCAGAGUGCUGCAAGAAGGUCACCUUCAUCUGGGCACUACUGACGCAGGGAAUCAGCAGCCCCACCAGUGCCACAGUGCCGCUCUUGACCCUUGACCCUGUCUGCCAUCAUCCCUGCCCACACGUUAACACACACACUAAAGCCUGCGCCCUCUCGGCCUAGCUAGCUAUCUCCAGCUUCCUUCUGGAAUCGGACACGGUGAAGUUCCAUGUCGGCAGAGUCGUCAUCUAAUCACCUAUCAAGUCGAUCACCUACGCUCAGGCCCUACCUGCUAUUCUUCGUCGUCCGUCAACUUUAAGCCACAAUCACCUUAUCCAUUCUUCCCUAAUCUGUCCAUCCAAACAGUCAAACCCGACAUUCCUCACAUCCAUCACACAGUCUUCUGAUGCCCACUCGUGCUCUGCAGGCCCGUUUGCUGUCUGCACCAACCGCGAGCACCGCCCCUCCUCCCCACCUCACCCGACCCAACAUCAGCGCCACGGCCACACCCACAGCGUGACACAGCUUGUCGCCCCUCUUGGGCGGACCUCUCUCGCCGCCCUCACCAGUCAACUUCCCACGACACAAUCAUUUUCCUUGUACCACAGAGUCCCGUCACAACCAUCAAAGUGGCAUCCAACGGGCUAAGAGCUGGCUUUCUCCUUGUGGGCCUUGGACUGACCGCCUUGGCUGCCCAGCGACACACGCAGCAUCGCCAGCAACAGCUGCAGGGCACAAGACCCGCAAUGGAUCUUCCUGGCCCCGGCCGUCCUGGCCGUCCUGGCCGUCAACACCUUGAUUUAUCGGGAGGCCGCGAGGUCGUCUUUUGUCACAACUGCAGUAACGAGUGGUACAACGACGAGCAUGGCCUGCAGUGUCCUCGCUGCGACAGCGAGAUCUGUGAGAUAAUAUCCCCGGACAAUGACCCCCGCGAUAUCACUCCCGAGUCUCCCGACAGCGACAUUCUCCGGGGUGGCCAUUUUGGCCCCCACGACUUUGGUCAUAACCACGGAUAUGGACAUGACCAUGAUCGCUACUCGGACCCUGGUGAAGAUGACAUAGAGGAUUACUUGAACCCGAGGAGCAACAUACGCAGCGGGCCUGGGGGCUUCAUGUGGUCACAGAGGACAUGGCGCAGCCCCGACAGACAGCAAGAUACACCUGGCGAAAACCCCGGCCACCCUCGCCCCGUCGAACCCAGCAGCGAGCAGGAGAUUUUUCAGCGCUUUCAAGAAACCAUCCAAAUGGUCACUGGCAUGCCCCCCUUCGGCCCACCUGGAAGACGAGCGCCUCCGGGUGAUGGCUCCCCCGGUGGAGGUGGGCCCGGUAUGCGCACCACAACAUAUCGCAGCCCCUCUGGCCACACCAGUUUCACCAUAACCACUGGAGCCAUGCCACUCCGAGGUGUCGACCAGGAUGAUGGUUUUGAUAUAACAUUCAGCAACUUCAUGGGCGGAGGAGGAGUACAUCCUCCAAGAGGAGCUCAGAACCCCGGUCUUGCCGGUGGUCUUGGUGACAUCUUCUCCCUACUUCUUGGCCCAGGCGCCAUGAACGCUGCCCACGGUGACGCAGUGUACACCCAGGAGGGUCUUGAUCGAAUCAUCACCCAGCUAAUGGAAACGAACCCUCAGUCCAACGCCGCACCACCAGCAUCCGAGGAAGCCAUCGAGAAGCUGGAGAAGAAGAGUCUGGACAGGCAGAUGAUGGGUGAUAGUCCCAAGGUGGAGUGCACAAUCUGCAUAGAUGAGAUGCACCUAGGAGACGAGGUGACAGUCCUUCCAUGCAAGCACUGGUUCCACGGCGAAUGUGUGGUUUUGUGGCUGAAGGAGCACAACACGUGCCCAAUAUGUCGGUCGCCCAUCGAGAAGCGAGGUGAGGCCGGUAGCAGCAGCGGAAAUGGAGACAACGGCACUGGUGAUGGACCGAGUAGCCAGCAGCAGCCUCGCACUUCAGGCCCUCGCCUUGGCUCCUUCGGCGCAAUUUUUGGUGGGGAGCCAUUUUCGCCUCAGGGUGCAUCGGGUUCUUCUGCGCCUUCUAGCUCGCAACAACACAAUACACGAGGUGCCCGGACUCCCGAGGACAGGGAGCGGCGGCUGAACUCGAUUAGGAACCUCGCGGGCGCGUCAAGCUACGGAAGGUCGGCAUCUGACUCGUCUCGGCACGGCGGGCAGCGAAGAGAUUCCUGGUCGCCCACCAGCCCGGGCCCUACGAGCGUGACUUCGGCUAGAAACCGAUCACCCUCAGGGCCCCGUGCACGACUCGGCCGAGCCAACUCAUCUAGUCUUGAAGAACGCGACUCACAGCCCUCCAGCCGCGGUAACAGCAACCCCAGCGGAAACGCCGGGGGCUCCUCCAACCCUCUGAGUUGGAUCAGAGACCGCAUCUCUGGCAGCGGUGGCAGUGCCAAUGGGAACAACAAUGGACGUCGUCGUUCCUAGGAGGCACGUUCGGACUCCAUGAGAUUGCCCAUACGGCCACGCCCCGGCCGCUCGGCUGGAUCACGACCACGUGUGCUGCCUUCGGAGACACCUUAUACUCCUACCUCUGCAGUAAUAGGCCCACUGGCGAGACCUUUUGUUUUGCGGCGGCCGGACGAUCGAUCCCUGGCUCCACCUCCUACUCGCAUUAUCCACACGCGCUCAGGCACCUUCAUCAUCAGGACUCCCAACACAGAUCUGACGGGCCGGCCACGCCCCGGAAGUGCUCCCGAGCAACCACCUGGUAAUGGAAGCCCACGGUCCGGUCCCCAGCGUUCCCGCUCAUGAUGAUGGAACUGUGCCUAGGGACAAGGCUACGAGCCGGAGCAUGCCAAUUUCCCAGUCACCAACAAGGCGAGGCUGCCUGAUGUCCCCAGCAAUACAAAACCCGAAAUUAAUUUCAUAUUUCCUGCCCCUGUUCAGAUAAACAGGCACACAAAAUCACACUCAAAUGGACGAGGUCGAAUUCCUAGAAGUGAGGCGAGCUCUGUACGAUUUCUACUGCUGGAAGGAGAGGGGGGGGGGAAUAACUUGUUGUCGGAGUAGCCAGGGAGUGGACCGACGGUUGGGUGGCAGCCUGCGUUGACCUUUAGCACUCUAGAUCGCGGCUUCACACCCCACGGGAUACUGAUAGAGAGUCUUCCACCGGCGGCUGGCAUUGCGUGUACAUUUCGAGUGUUCUUGGUGCAGAACCGGCACAUGCGGUGGGUUUUCUCUUUCCCGGCAAUUUGAGCAAGUCGAAGUCGGGGGAAACAUGCAUGCAGGCGAUACAAACGAAAUCAGCACGGAGUGGGAAGCAAUGGAACAGGGACUCGAUGGGAAAGGGGAGAUGUGACGCAUGACUCCCCCAUGAUCGGACUAGACAAGCCCGAAACUGGGUUCUUUUCUCAAGAGAGCGAGAGAGGGCGGAAUACCAUCUCAUCCCAAGCCUUGAGGCUUGUGAUAAUGAGUUGGAGAAGGGGGGAGACGUAGUUGGCCUAUGACUUCCCCGCUUGCGCGUCCUCUGUGGCUGACUGGCUUUCCUCUGGUACCUAAGAUAGCAUGAUAGAUACCCAGGGGGCCUUGAAUGAGUACUGUCAUCACUAA